AUGUCCCGCCUCCUCUCCCUUCAUUUCGCGCCUCCGCCCUCACGCCUCCCGCUGCGGUUGGCCACGUCUCCGCGCCGUCUCCGCGUCUCCCGACCACUCUGCGACACCUCCGCCGCGCAUCUCUCGCACACCCUGCGCGCGACCCUGCAGUCGGCCACCGGCUCGCAGCUCGGCAUGGGCUCGCUGCUGGGCUUCGCCAUCGGCUACUCGGCUAAGCGCGUCGGCCAGCUCCUGCUCGUCAUCGCCGGCAUGCAAAUCGUCGCCGUCCAGCUCAUGGCACGCCGCCAAUGGCUCGUCGUCGACUGGGAUCGCGUCGCCGAAGAUCUCGCCCCCAGGAUCAAGUCGGAUCGCGUCGAUUGGAUGCUCGACGUAGUUAAGUUUCGCGUCCCCUUCGCCGGUGCGCUUGUCGCAGGGUGCUACGCAGGGUUUAGGUGGACUUGAGUUCCCUGAGUCCCCCUGCCCGAGGAGCAUUGGCCGUAAAUGCCGUCGUGAUUCGCCUGGCAUGUGUUCUGCGCUUUUGAAGUGACAAUUUUUCACCGCGUCAUGGAGUUAUGCGAUCCAUGUGAGGCACAUGCCCCAAAUUUGUCGACCAUCUCGAGUUUCGGGUGAGCAGUGGCAUGCAUCAGUUGCAAAUCGACAACAAGGAUCUCCUGCUCGAUUCUGGACAAGCCCUACUUAUUCCAACCCCAUCGCUUCGCAUGCGUCUCAUCCUCGUCCUGAAACCAAGGAAACAGCUGUGCCACGCAGAAACCAAGUCGAAGUUUCGUCGAUGAUGAUUGCAGUUAAAGCCAGGUUGUCAUAAUACAUCGUCUGAGCUUAGAACAGAACAAGCCCGUUUCAACAAGCCCGUUUCAGCAAGCCCGUUUCUUGUCCUGGGGCCGUCGUUAUACUACGUUAUGGAGCGUACCCCAAGUGCGAUGCCUGAAUAUCAUUACGUGCAGAAAGCAAUUCAGCGAAAAGCUUCUAAGAUCUGGCACCGUUGUAAACCCACAAAUCCCCAUG